AUAGAGCCCCAGGUCUUUUAAAGUGUGCUAGUACUGUCGAUGUAGUUUACUGAAGUAAUCACGUCAUCUUAACGGUAUGGGAAUGAUCGGCUCGGAGUCCAUUGGUGUUGCGUCUGACCCUCUGCGUGCCAGUUUCAUUGGGUGGUAAUUAUAGUGUCCCUACCAUGUUUAGAACCCGGUGACACUCCUGUAGAAGACUCGAACUCCCUUUAAGAGCCUGUAGGACUGAUUUACUAUCCGAGAAGACCCGGAUUUCUGAUCCAUACUUUUAUGGUAUUUUUUGUCAAAAUACCAUAACAAAAUUUUUAAAGUCUUAUAUCAAAAUUGAAACUCUUAUUUUUGUAUUUAAUUUUAGGAUGUUUAAUUAUAAUUAAAAUGUUUUAAAGGGCAUAUAACAUUUCUGCUGACAUUUUGAGAUUCAUUAAUAAGAUAUGCUUUAAAUACUUUUUUGAGAAAAAAUAAAAGAACUGACAGAUGUGUAGCUAGUUUCCAUGUUGUAAAAGUUUAAAUCCUUUCUUUCUUGUUACAGAUAAUUGUGAUGAUCUACAGAUAAAUAAACUUUCAAGAUGUUGAUUAAGGAGUACAGAAUUCCUCUACCACUGACUGUGGAAGAGUAUCGUAUUGCGCAGCUUUAUAUGAUCGCAAAGAAAAGUAGAGAAGAAAGUUCAGGUGAAGGUAGUGGUGUUGAAAUUUUAGUAAAUGAACCGUAUGAAGAUGGACCUGGAGGUAAAGGUCAGUACACACAGAAAAUUUAUCAUGUUGGUAGUCAUUUGCCAGGUUGGUUUAAAAGUCUGCUUCCAAAAUCAGCUUUAACAGUGUCUGAAGAAGCUUGGAAUGCCUAUCCAUACACGAAAACCAGAUACACAUGUCCAUUUGUUGAAAAAUUCUCUUUAGAAAUAGAAACUUAUUAUUAUGCUGAUAAUGGCCACCAAGAUAAUGUCUUCAACUUAUCAGGCAGUGAUUUAAAAAAUAGGAUUGUUGAUGUUAUUGAUGUUGUUAAAGAUCAACUUUAUGGUGCAGACUAUGUUAAAGAAGAAGAUCCAAAGUUAUUUAUUUCCCAAAAAUGUAAUAGAGGUCCCUUGACUGAUACAUGGCUAGAAGACUAUUGGAAAGAAGUUCAAGGAAAAUCUCAACCACUUCCAAAUGGGAAAUCUCUUAUGUGUGCCUAUAAACUCUGCAGAGUUGAGUUCCGAUAUUGGGGAAUGCAAACUAAAUUAGAAAAAUUCAUCCAUGAUGUAGCAUUGAGAAAAACUAUGCUAAGAGCCCAUAGACAGGCAUGGGCUUGGCAAGAUGAAUGGCAUGGUCUCACAAUGGAUGAUAUUCGUGAAAUAGAACGACAAACACAAUUAGCUUUGCAGAAAAAAAUGGCUGGUGAUACUAGUGAUGAGCAAGACCUUUCUGAAGAGAACUCCAAGUCACUGGCCGCUACUAUGAGCAGCCUAGAGAAAAAUGAGGAUAUACCUACACCUGUGGCUCCUAAGAAGAAUACAGCUGAAAAGAGAAUUCAGAAACAUUUAACCCCAGAAGGAACUCCACCAUCUGAUCAUAAGAGUUUAUCUAAAUCUAACCUCAGAUCUUCUUCAUCCGGUUCUAUUAAAAGUUUACAACAGCAAGUGUCAAAUUGGCGUAUGGAAACAAUUGUCCGAGAAUCUGAAACUGAGACAGGAUCUGAAGACGAGUUUUAUGACUGUGAAUCUUCAUUUAACAAAUGGUCAUCCAUGUGUUCUCUAGAUGAAGGUGAUAUUGACAUAUCUCCUACUCAAGGUGAACAAGGUCAAGAAGACAGCAUAUUUAACCCGAGUUUCUUGAAAAGAGUUACGUCAGAAAGGGGUUCUCGUAGAAUGGUUGCUUUGCAAAGUCAUCAAAGUAUUGACGGCUGUCCUGAAACUCCAGUUCACGGUUCCUGCCCAACAACUGUGUUAAUAUUAGUAUUUCAUGCCGGUAGUGUUUUAGAUGCUAAUGUUGAUAUGACAGCAAAAAAAUCUGAUGUUACUACUUUUAAGGGUGCUUUUGAGUCUGUAAUGCGUCAACACUAUCCAACUUUAGUUGGACAUAUAACUAUAAAGUUAGUUUCAUGUCCAUCUAUUUGCACAGAAGCUCUAGGUAUUCUCUCUACUUUAAGUCCUUAUAGUUUUGAUUGUUCCCCAUCUACCGUUGAAUCUCCCUCCCUCACGAACGAUCUUAUACCUAUUGGUGCUAUACCAUUGAUUGCUACAUCUUCUCCAGAAUAUGCAGAUUCAGUGACAAAAACAAUUAACUGUGCUAAUUUUGUUUUUAACGAGUUUAUGAAAUCAGACGAUGGAAAAGGUUUCAAUGGUCAAGUAUGUAUUGUUGGUGAUAGCAUGGGUUCAGUUUUAGCAUAUGAUGCGUUGUGCCGAACGUUACAAUAUCAAUCCCGGCACGAUAGUGAAAACAGUAUUUUGGAUACCGAGAUCUUGAUCCCUAACGAUCCAUCUGAGAAUUAUUUAAAUAAAUCUCAUUUACAAGCCCCUACUCCUCGGAGGCGAUCCUCUUCAACAAGCGAUAAUCAGGUCAAAUUUGAAUUUGAAGUUAGCGACUUUUUUACUUUUGGAAGUCCUCUUUCUUUGAUAUUGGCUUCCCGAAAAAUAUCAGACGAUAAAAGUCGCGAUAUAGUUAAACCACCUGCUCAACAAGUGUACAACUUAUUUCAUCCCACUGAUCCAGUAGCAUCAAGACUGGAGCCUUUGCUGUCAGCUAGGUUCACUAAUUUGCCUCCCAUCAACGUUGCGCGAUAUGCUAAAUACCCUUUAGGUAAUGGCCAACCAUAUCAUUUGAUGGAAUUGAUACAAAGUCAUCCACAAUUAUUUGGAGAUCAUUUGCAAAUGCCACCAACUCCAGUACUACGGAGGCUUUCUGAAGCAUCAGUUCAAAGUACAGUUAGUGGUCUUGUUGAUAACAUUCCAUUGAUUACUAUGAACGUAUUGCAACAAAAAUGGUGGGGAUCCAAACGAUUAGACUACGCUUUAUAUUGCCCUGAGGGGUUAGCUAAUUUUCCUACAAACGCUUUACCCCAUUUAUUUCACGCUAGUUAUUGGGAAAGUUCCGACGUGAUUGCAUUUAUAUUGAGACAAGUUGGGCAUUUUGAUCUGGCUUUAUAUAGUCACUGUGAAGAUAAAGAAUUCACUUUGUUCAAACCCGACCAAGAACGUGAAAAAUGGAUGAGAAAAAGAACAUCUGUUAAAUUAAAAAAUGUUGCUGCUAAUCAUCGAGCUAACGAUGUAAUCGUAAAAGAAGGAAAUCCGCAAACGUUUACAGCUAGAUUUAUGUACGGACCUUUGGAUAUGAUAAAUUUGACAGGAGAAAAAGUAGACAUUUAUAUGAUGAAAGACCCUCCAGCAGGUGAAUGGGCAGUUUUAUCUACUGUAGUUACAGAUAAAACAGGUAGAAUCUCAUAUACUUUAUCAGAAAAACAAAGUGUAGGCUGUGGCAUUUACCCAAUGAGAGUCGUCGUUAGAGGCGAUCAUACAAGUUGCAAUUUUCAUUUGGCUGUCGUACCACCACAAACAGAAUGUAUUGUCUUUAGCAUUGAUGGAUCUUUCACUGCUAGUGUAUCGGUUACUGGUCGAGAUCCAAAAGUGAGAGCUGGAGCAGUUGACGUAGUUCGGUUUUGGCAAGAUUUGGGUUAUCUGAUCCUUUAUAUCACUGGAAGACCCGAUAUGCAGCAGAGAAAGGUGGUGUCUUGGCUGGCAGAACACAACUUUCCUCAUGGAUUAGUCUUCUUUUCUGAUGGAUUUUCAACUGACCCAUUGGGUCACAAAGCAGCACAUCUUAACAGCCUUAUAAAUGAACAUGGAGUUAUUUUACAUGCUGCUUAUGGAUCAGGAAAGGAUAUAACUGUUUACCAUAAUUGUGGAUUAUCUCCAAAACAAAUAUAUGCUAUUGGUCGUAUCAGUAAAAAAUACAGUAAUUUAGCAACAACUUUAACCGAUGGCUACGCGUCCCAUUUGGCCGAUCUCAAACAGCCGGGUGCUGUAAGACCUGCUAGGGGAAAUGCCAGGCUUCUUGUGCCACGUCGAUUGUUGGCACCAGUAAGCAACCCCCCCAAUUCGCGCAAUCGUCGUUAAUAUUUUAUAUAAUUUAUCACGCUUUAUCUCAAAUGUUUAGAUAUUAUUAGACAACGGCUAAGCUGAGAUAUUUUUUAUAAAUAUUAGAACUGUUGUUUCUCUUUAUUAGUAAUGCAAUAAUUGUGAUUAUGAUUAUAUAAUUUUCAAUAAAUCAUUGUAACUUAGAUUAUUAAGUCAUGUACUCGUAAGUUGAUUAUAUUAAAUUCUCUCACCACUAUGGAAAUGUUCACGUACUUUUGUAUUUUUACCUACGUGUCUAUACAUACUUAUACAGGUUGUAAAUUAUGUUGAUGUGGAUAUAUGUACAUAUUCGAUGCCACAAUCGGUCACUACCUUUGGUCACUAUUUGGGUAAUACCGAUAUUUUAUUAUUCUGUUGUAUUAAAGAAUAUAAUAUAUUAAUUAUACUUUUCAAAUCGCGUAUAAUGUCAGAUUGGAGGAAUAAUAAUCUCAUAUCUAUUUUAUUAAUAAAUUAUUACAAGCAAUUAUAUUUCUAGUCUUGUAUCAUUUUUGUUCUAAUUAAAUAAGCUAAGAGUAAGCUUAUAGCUUCCUCAAAAUUAGUAUAUAAGUUCACUUAAUACGACUGUAAAUUUUAUUCUUUUCAUUGAUAAGCAAUCACUAUAGUUUUAAAAGUAACAAAGGCGUUUAUAUAAUUCCUUAAAAUGUUAUAUAUCUAAUAUACUUGUCAUAGUUUUGAUGUUACUGUACUUUUAGUGAUAGUAUGACAUAUUAAGGUUAAAAAGUAUUAUAUUAAUGGAAAUAAGUCUAAAUUAUAUUACUUAUUUACAUCACCAUGUAAUGGACAAGAACUGAGUGUAUAAAGUCAAACACGUAACUUACAAAGUCAAUACAUUGUUAUCUCGAUAUAGAUUUAUUAAUAUUUCCUUAAAUGCGAUGCAAUGAUACGUAUCCAUGUGCAAACCUACAUUUCAUAUAUACUUAUUUAUAUUAUUUGACGAGCUGCAUGCAUGUGAACACAAUGACUGGAAAACGUCACCGACCAAAAACUUAAAAUAAUACCCAUUCCACUCAAUAGAUGGCUCUAAUACCAUAAUUUGAGGAUCCUUUUUUAUUCACGAAGAUGUUUAUAUUUUUCUGCUUUUGUGUCAUGUUAUUUAUGUUUUGUAAUACCUUUAUUUGUAUAAAUUGAAAACUGUUUCACAAUUACAAUUGCAUCGCAUUAAAGUCCUAUUAAAAUGAAAAUUAUAUACUUACACCUACUAACGCAAAUGUGAAAUGACUUACCUAGUGUAACAUUAUCUGUUACAAGGUCAUUAUUACAAUAGGGAUGAUGACUGGGUAAAAAAAAAAGAAAUUCAAUUUAGUCCGUCAGUCAGAUAAUAGAAAAAUAUUAGAUACGUAUUUUUUUAAACUUCAAUUUAACAAGAAGUAGCUUAGAUAACAGGCAACUUAGAUAAU